AUGUCUACUGACCAAGAUAAUUGGUAUCGCUCAGGCCCAUCUACCGCGCUGUCGGCGGGCGAGCUGCACGAGACCGGGGCCAAGCUCGACCCGCACGGACUGGUGGCGCCGACGUCCCCGGAGGGCCAGCAGCGGGGAGGAUCCAUCCGCCGCAUCAAGCACAUCUGCGAAGGGAAGCAAGAACACGUUCUCUACGGCAUGGAUUACGUACAGAUCAGAGAAUACAUGUCGCCGAUUUGCGGGCUUAUCGAGCCCCCCGGCGCCUCCAAAACGAGCACCACAAUCACCACGAUCGAUUCUGUCAUGACAAUCCGUGCAGCUCAUACGAGCUUUGCAUGCAAUUGA